AAAAUGCACCUUUUGGCACAUACCAGCUGUCAUUUUGCUGCCUAUGUACAUUGGAUUUUUUCAUUCUUGGAGGGAAAUGUAAUAUAAUAUACAAUUUUUUAAAAAAAUAAUGUCCCGGCAAGGUGUUUUACAGCCAGUAGAUGUUAACGUUGAUCAUUCUCCAGCACGCAAACGUGCUCGAUUUGAUGAAUCCCUGGAUGAUUCGAAUAAGAGCAAUUUAUGGACCUUAACUAAUAGAGAAUUAAUUUUACACGAAAUCUACGAUCAUGGAAUUGGUCGAUUGGACUGUGAUUCUGAGGAUGUCAUCACCGAUGAUGAUUCUAUAUUUAAUAAAACCGAAGGAAUUGGAAUCGAUGUAUCAUGUGCAUCUAUGACUCCGAACACUAGGGACAAACAGUUAUCUUUAUUAGAGUCAACAUUAACCAAAGAGUCUUUAGAUAAGUUAUCUAGCAGAGAGUGGGAUAAUCUUUUAAAUAAAACUGUUAUUAGGCCCACUGAUAAAACGAAUUAUUUUAACUUGUUGUCAGAUGAAGUUAUAUUACAUAUAUUUAGAUGGCUACCAAAAAGUUAUUUAAGUGAUAUUUCUUUGGUUUGUCGACGAUUCUAUAGACUAACACAAGAUGAAAGCCUUUGGACACGAAUGGAUGUUUCUAACAAAUAUUUGGGCCCGGGUGAACUGGGUAAAGUCUUAAGCAAACAAGUUGUCGUUCUCCGCCUAGCUCGUUCCGAGAUAAUGCAUAAGCCAAUUUUACCUGAUUGCAAAGCGUAUCACCCAGAUUUUCGAUCUCGAUUGCUCUAUUUAGAUUUAAGUAUGGCUCAUAUAUCGCUGGACAGUUUAGUAAUGCUGUUUGGUAAAUGUAGAAGACUGAAAAAAAUAAGUCUGGAAAAUGUACCUGUGAAUGAUGAUGUGCUGAUUGCCUUGUCGGGAAAUAAAGAUAUUGAAGUGAUCAAUUUUGCCAUGUGUACGGGAAUGCAGCAGGAUGGACUUAAAUACUUACUUACAAAUUGUAGACAAAUAAGGGAACUAAAUAUUGCAUGGACCUACUUAAAUGCAGAUAGUAUACAGUAUAUUUGCGAGAACUUGCCUUCCACAAUGGAUAGAUUAAAUCUUUCAGGCUGUAGAAAAUUAUUGUUGGAUAAACAUGUAGCUUCAUUAGUCUCAAGCUGUCCAAAAUUAAGGGAAUUAGAUUUGUCAGAUUGCACGUCAAUAACUGGGGAAUCGGUACGUCAGAUCUCAGUAUUAGAAGAAUUAGCGUUUGUGGCUCUUUCAAGAUGUUACCUUAUUCCAUACAAAUCUUUGGGACAAUUAAGGAAACUAAACAAUCUAUCUUAUUUGGAUAUACAUGGUGGCUAUAUUGAAGGUGACGAACUCAAAGAAGUUCAAAACGAUUUAGGCCCUAGUGUGCAGAUCAAUCAAUUUAAAUUCAGCUCUGUGGCCAGACCGACAGUGGGUAUGCGCAGAUCGAGUAUUUGGAAUAUGAGGGUGCGAGACUAAAAACUUCGAACGCUUAACGCUUAUUAAGAUUAUUGGUUCAUUAACUAAUAGUUUCAGUAUUGAAAUGUAAGUACCCUUGGUACUUUUGGUUUUUUAUUUAUACAGGAUGUGUCAAAAAGUUCGCUACAAGUGGGACAACAUUUUUAUUGCAUGUCACGUAAAAGAAAAUAUUUUCAUAACUUUUUUGAUAUUGCGUAUUCUAAAAAAAUCUGCAUAAACAUUUUCUUAAAAACUCAAUAAUUUCCAGUUCCUUGCGAACUUUUUGGCACACACUGUACAAGGUGCUUUUGUGAUUUUGGGGUAAGAAAUCGACUCAAAAAAACAGUCUUAAUUUAAUUUGGGAUGAUUGUCUGAGUUAUUUAUUUUUAUUUUCUAUUGUAAAUAUACCAUUUUUUUAAUAUAUUUUCGAGGAUUUAUUGUAUUAAA